AUGAACAUUCCUCGAAUAUUCGUUAGUGGCCUUUUAGUUUUCUGGAUAAUUGAGACGUGUUCCUGCACACUGAUUCUCCUGUCAACCGCAACCACACUCUUACUCCUGCCGAUUCUUCGUCAGCUGAUCAGCCAGCCAGGGGCUGUAGCAGGUUUAAGCAGAUGUUCAAGAGUUUGGACUGUACCUUUCUUCUCCUGUUACUACGUUUGCCAACGUGGAUCUCUGCUUCAGUUUUCUCUUCCGGUUCUAAGCCUGGAAAAAAAGCCGGAUGGAACGCACUGCAAGCGGUUUGCGGUUUUCUCUGGAACCUGUCGGCGAGGAAGAUGCGUCACAUCUAGUGGCGCUGGAAGUGAAGGAUCAUUUGAUUCAGAAGAUUAUUUGGAUAAAACGAAUGAAAACAGCAGUGCCGACGCGGCGCCGACCCGUAAACAAAAAUAA